AUGGAAAUGAGCGCACGCGUAUGGAAUAAGGGGCGUGGCUUGCCGUGUGGGCCCCGGCGCGCCCGCCCAGAGCCCUCGGAGUCCGGAGAGCGCGGCGGCGGCCGCAGAGACGGAACCGGCACCGGCACCGGCAGCUCCUCCAUCACCGCCGGGCCCUCCGCCACCGCCGGGCCCUCCAUCACCGCCCCCUCCGCCAUGAACUCGCUGCUCUUCGGGGAGAUGGCCCGCGCCUUCUCCCCCGCCGCCGCCGCCGCCGCCUCCUCCUGCCCGCUGGGCCCCGGCGGCGGCGGCCCCGCGGCGGCCGGGGGGGGCCCUCCGGUGACGGCGGCGCUGCGGAACGACCUGGGCUCCAACAUCCAUCUGCUGAAGGGGCUGAACGUGCGGUUCCGCUGCUUCCUGGCCAAGGUGCACGAGCUGGAGCGGCGGAACCGGCUGCUGGAGAAGCAGCUGGCGGCCCAGCAGAGCGAGCGCGACCGGCGGCUGCGCUACAAAACCUUCUCCCGGGACCAGGCGGUGCAGACGGACGGCGGGACCCCGGCGCUGGUUCCUCCUCCGGGCCCCGGGCACGGGGCUCUGCCCUCGCCGCCGCACUACGGCCGCUUGCCCGGUACCAUCUGGAGCUACACCCAGGUGCGGCGCACCGGAGGCGGCGGCCUGGAGACCGUGCAGGGCCCCGGCGUGUCCUGGGUGCACCCGGACGGAGUCGGGGUGCAGAUCGACACCAUCACCCCCGAGAUCCGCGCCCUCUACAACGUGCUGGCCAAAGUCAAGCGGGAGCGAGACGAGUACAAGAGGAAAUGGGAGGAGGAGCUGAGCAGAAGGAUGAGCCUGGAAUCCAUGGUGGAAACCUUGCGAGAGGAGGCCCAGGAAGCAGAAGCUCUCCAGGAGGAGCUGAAUGAGAAGAUUGAGAGGCUGAAAGCAGAGCUGGUGGUCUUUAAAGGUCUGAUGAGUGAUCCCAUGACAGACCUGGACACAAAGAUCCAAGAAAAGGCCAUGAAGGUGGACAUGGACAUCUGCCGCCGAAUCGAUAUCACGGCCAAGCUGUGCGAUGUCGCGCAGCAGCGCAACUCGGAAGACGUUUCCAAGAUUUUCCAGGUGGCCUCCAAGAAGAAGGAGAGGAAGCUGGCGUCGGACGAGGAGCUGUCGGAGCAGGACGCGGACAACGGGAGGUUCUCGGAUGAGGAGGUCAGCUGCUCCCUCAACAUCACCGAUGAGAUGAAGAGGAUGUUCAACCAGCUGCGUGAGACGUUUGAUUUCGAUGACGACUGUGACAGUUUGACGUGGGAGGAGAACGAGGAAACGCUGCUGCUUUGGGAAGAUUUCACCAACUGCAAUCCCUCCAUCGACCUCCAGGGAGAGGUGAGAUCAUUCCCAGGGCUGGCUUUGGUGAGCACCCCAACAUCUCCCCAGGCUGUGCAUGGCCCCAGGCCAGAUUUGGUGGCCUCCAAGAAGAAGGAGAGGAAGCUGGCGUCGGACGAGGAGCUGUCGGAGCAGGACGCGGACAACGGGAGGUUCUCGGAUGAGGAGGUCAGCUGCUCCCUCAACAUCACCGAUGAGAUGAAGAGGAUGUUCAACCAGCUGCGUGAGACGUUUGAUUUCGAUGACGACUGUGACAGUUUGACGUGGGAGGAGAACGAGGAAACGCUGCUGCUUUGGGAAGAUUUCACCAACUGCAAUCCCUCCAUCGACCUCCAGGGAGAGGAAGAAAACCUGGGAAACUUGAUCCACGAAACAGAGUCCUUCUUCAAAACUCGAGACAAGGAAUACCAGGAGACAAUAGGGCAGAUAGAGCUGGAGCUGGCCACGGCCAAGAGCGACAUGAACCGACACCUCCACGAGUACAUGGAGAUGUGCAGCAUGAAACGGGGUCUGGACGUGCAGAUGGAAACGUGCCGCAGGCUCAUCAAGGGCUCAGCCGACAGGAAUUCUCCAUCCCCCAGCUCCGUAGCCAGCAGCGACUCAGGAAACACAGACGAAAUUCAGGACGAUUUGGACAGAGAGACGGACGUGGAGCCCAUGGUCAGCUGAUAGGAAAUGGGAAGAAUUCCAGAAAAAAAUUCCAAACCAAUUGCUGGGGGAAAGGUGAAAAGACUCGAGUGCCCCCACAGAGGGACUCUGAGGACUCAUUCCUACACACAUCCCCUCCCUCCCAAGGAUUGGUGCUGUACAUUUCUAUUCUUCAAACCAUAAAUGCAGAGUUCUGUAGGAAAACACGGUGUUUUAAUUGUGCCUUUGCCCCAAGCUGAGCCACUUUGAGCUCCAGUGGAAUAUUAAUAACAGGUGUUUUUAUAAAAAAAAAUUAUAUAUAUAUUAUUUAAAAUAAAAACCAAACAACCAAAGCUGGUUUUGGCAGCAGAGGAUGGUGCUGGAGAAGCUCUGGGUACUUCAAUAAGUUGCUGGUUUUAUUGAACUGCUGAACUGAUUGGCAAAAGCAACACUGGCAAAAAAAAAAGAGAUAAUUGUGGUGCAAUUAGGAAUGUCUGGCACAA